GAGCAAAAUUGUCGUGAAUGGCCAGAGGAAGAAGCCUUAUGCAUCGGCCCCUUUAAAUCUCCGCGCCCCGCCCCCUCUCCCGGAGAUCUCCCAGCCUCUUUUACUGCUCGUGCUCAGGCGGGCAACCAGAGCCGCUCUUCGGUUCAUUCUUAAUCGUUGUCGAACUCCCGUUAUGGACCCGGACGGCUGGCCCUGAAACGACAACAUUAAUUUCUUUUAUUGGGGUUGGGUGUUAUUUCUUUAUCUGACGGAGCUCGAAUGGACGUCGCUGGGCUAGAGGAGUGGGAGGAAGAAGCCUCCGCGUCUUUGAGUAGCCUGCCCGGAGCGGAGUGGCAUGUUGGAUCCGAGCGUGUCGGCUGAGUGGAAGUGGAGGUGGCGGCCAGAGGAUAAAAGUGAAGUUUAGCUUCGCGAUUUCUUCUCAUUCGCUCCUCCACCACAGUAAAGUCCCACCGGCGGGUUCCCACACACCGUUUCCCGAUGAGAAGCCCUCGCCCGUGGGGAGGCUGCGCGAUGGUGACCGUGACGAUGAGUAAGAGCGCCGAGUGGCUGCAGGAGGAGCUGGAGUCCGGAGCCGCCGCGCUUCUGCUGCUCGACUGCCGGCCGCACGAACUCUACGAGUCGUCGCACAUCGAGGCGGCCAUCAACGUGGCCAUCCCGGGCCUCAUGCUGCGCAGGCUGAAGAAGGGCAACCUGCCCAUACGCUCCAUCAUCCCCAACAACGAGGACAAGGAGAAGUUCGUCAAGCGCUGCAAAAGCGACGUGGUGCUGCUGUACGACGAGGCCGGCCCCGAGCGACUGGAGUCCGGGCUCGGGAGCUCCGUGCUGGGGCUGCUCCUGCAGAAGCUCCGGGAUGACGGGUGCAAGGCUUUCUAUCUGGAAGGAGGUUUCAGUAAGUUCCAGUCGGAGUUCCCGGAACAGUGCGAGACCAAUUUGGACUGCUCGUGCCCCAGCAGCUCCCCACCAUCCUCUGUCCUCGGCCUGGGAGGCCUCCGCAUAAGCUCCGACUGCUCGGACGGAGAGUCCGACCGCGAACCGGGCAGCGCCACCGAGUCUGAGGGCAGCCCGCUGCCCAGCAACCAGCCGGCAUUCCCCGUCCAGAUCCUGCCGUAUUUGUACCUGGGCUGCGCCAAGGACUCGGCCAACCUGGACGUGCUCAGCAAGUACAACAUCAAGUAUAUCCUCAACGUGACUCCCAACCUGCCCAACAUGUUUGAACACGAAGGCGACUUCAAGUACAAACAGAUCCCCAUCUCUGAUCACUGGAGCCAGAAUCUCUCGCAGUUUUUCCCAGAGGCCAUUUCGUUCAUCGACGAGGCGCGCUCCAAAAAAUGCGGCAUCCUGGUGCAUUGCCUGGCCGGCAUCAGCCGCUCGGUGACCGUGACGGUGGCCUACCUGAUGCAGAAGCUCAACCUGUCACUCAACGACGCCUACGACUUCGUCAAGCGGAAGAAGUCCAACAUUUCACCCAACUUCAACUUCAUGGGCCAGCUGCUGGACUUUGAGCGGACACUGGGACUGAACAGCCCGUGCGACAACCACGCCGCCUCGCCCACCAACGAGCAGCUCUUCUUCACCACGCCCACCAACCACAACGUGUUCCAACUCGACACGCUGGAGUCCACGUGAGGUCCGCACGGGAGUGCCACCCCUGUCUCUUUUGGGUUGAGGUGAUCCGGUAACCACGGUAACCACGUGGUUGCGCUGUAGGCGCUAGCAGCCGCUUUGAUGAAUGUUUUAGCUCCGGGGAGCACGGGAAAGUCGAGGUCGCAGACGGCGCCUCGGAAGCGGCAAGUUUUUAAGAAAGCGAAGGACCGCUUUCAUUAAGCCAAGGAGACUUCUUCAUACAAAGAUUUUUUUUUUUUUGGUGGGGGGGCGUGGGGACACAAAAUGCGCCCCAUUUGCCAGGUGACCUCCUCAUAACCGCAGCAUGUGGAGUCUUUGGAAAAUGUCUCUACUGAAUGUAGAGUUUUUAAAAACCAAGGAAUUCACACACACACACACACACACAUUUGUACUUAUGUGCUGUUUGUAUGUUAUAGCAGGAAGAAAUGUCUAUAUGCAUUUUUUUUGGGUAUAUUUUUGUGUGCUUUUAUGCACAAAUCUAGUCAAUGUAUCUCUGU